UUGUUUUUGUCAAAAUAAGUCAGAUAAAACAACAAUAAAAAGUAUUUGAUCUCUAAAAACACAUUUUGUCUAGUUUAUUGUACAGGUAAUUUUGCAGCUAGAUUUCUAGUGUUCAACAGGUAUAUUCUUGAUGAACAUAAAUAUGUUUAUUAAAUAUAUAUUAAUUUUUGUUGCUGUAAUUGUUUGCAGUUACGGAGAAAGUGACUUUUUUGAAUGGAAAGACUACGACCGUACUAAUAUACCAGAUGAUGCAGUGGUUGUCGAUGCUCACAACCCACGUGGACCUAUCUAUCUUGGUGUGGUAACUCUAGUUGACACAGAAAAUAUUGCGCUGAUACCUGUAAAUAUACUUGGAGGAUCAUGGUAUGUUAAUGUUACCCUCGGAAAAAGACCCUAUAUAGCAAGCAAAAAUAUUAAGAUUGCGUGUCGCAAAGAUAAAGACUUGGUAUGGAGAACCUCCAAUCAAGACGAUUUUGAAAGUCUGUUUGAUCGGGAUGACUACACCCCUAUCGAAAUUGGAUGGGAAGCAAACUCCCGCUUGAGUUACAACGCUUCUAUAUACGUAGGACAAGGCCCGACAGGCGGAGGGAAUUUGAUAGGAAAAAUCUACCGUGGUCUUAAGGGUUCUCCUUAUCAGCAUCAAGAAGGGAUACUAUAUAUGGACGGUACCUCUGUUGAAGUGCCGUACCAAGAUAUGGGUGGGCAGUAUCAAAUUGCUGUUUCUAUGAAGGACGAGUAAUACAGUCAAAAUUAAACAGUUUUCAAAAA